AUGUUUGAGAAUCAAUACUCUCGUAUUUUAGCUUGCACACGGGCUUUGAGGGCUUCAACAUCACUAGAUGAAUAUUCAUACACUGAUCGACAACAAACAAAACAGCAGGUAUCCGUGAAUGUUGACAAAGGUCAAAUUAUUAAUACACGUCAUUCAUCUGUUAGUGCAGCAUUUAACAAUAGUCGUCCGGUUUCAGUCGCUUCGUCAACUGGAUCAAUGGCUCAAAUUUAUGGUAAAAUUGAUGACAAUGAAGCAGAGUUUUUUGCAGUUGUCACCAAUACACCGUCAAUCCGUUCGCCUAAAACCAGGAUCGAUAAGCCUAAAGUAACUUCUACUAGCACGAGUACAAAUACAGAUCAUUUUACUGUAACUUCAAGCGAUAUACCAGGCAGGGUUAAUGGUGGAAGUCAUGCAAAUGAAGAAGACCUGACAGUACAUCACCGCCGUAGUCCAACGACAGAGGAAGGUUCGAGAAGUCAAAUGACAGAUGGAGGAUUGCAUUUGAUGGAUUCAGAUGCUAUUUUCAAAGAAGAGUUAAAUAAGAUCUUAGAAAAGCACAAUAAAGGCAAAGUAAACGGCAUGACGACUGAUGGUAGCACAAAAAUCGAAAAGGGAAAUGAAACACCGGUCACAUCGACCAGGCCCGAAGAAG